ACAGUUUGUGUUUGCCGAGUGGGAGGGGAGUCAGGGAAUGUGGGGGCUGGGUCUGGGAUUGUUGGCAAAUCUAGGAGAGCUGCAACAGGGGUGGUCUGGAUUUAGGAGAGGAGAGGAACAGAGAAGGGUGGGAGAGGCUACAAAAGGGAGGAGUGGUGUCCAUCCUCAAGCAGAGCCUUCAAGUCGAGUCCAAGCGUCACCCCAGACAGUAGAAGGAUGUGAGGUGACAGGAAUAGAUGUCAUGCAGGAGAUACACAGGACUACCACUCCUCAACAUAGUACUGCCUGGACCAAAAAGUAGACCACUACCCUCGAACCACAGAUGCUGAGCUGCAUCCUCCAAGAAGCGGGAAAGUCAUUAAAAGAAGGAAAGGGGUGCUGACUCAAGGCCCAGGACAGCGGAGAUAACAAUCCACACACGCCUGCUUUAAACAGCCUGCCAGAGCCGCACCGGAAAAAAUCAACCGUCGGUUGAGGGGGGCGUGAGGCGUGCUAUCGGAGUCUUGAUCAGUGGAGGUGCACAUCUACAGGAAGCAGCCCUCAUCAGUGGACACACUGCACACACAACACCGCAGCUGCUGCCAACUGCAUAGCAAUGUCCCUUCCGGAGGUGCGUUUCUCCACUCCUUCUCCCUCUCCUUCUCCCUCUCCUUCCCCUUCCCCCUUCUCCCACUGUGACUACAGUGAGUGGAGACCCACGCUGGUACUCAUCCCCUCGGUCUACGUGCUGGUUUUUGCCCUCGGCUCUUUGGGAAAUGGCCUGGUCCUCUGGGUGUACCUGGACCGGCCCAGGAGAGGAGCAGCGAGGAUGAGCACCUGCUCUAGGGCCAGCAAGCACAGAGCCAGCGGCGGCGCCCCCUCAGCCCCAUCCUCCCCAUCCUCCCCAUCCUCCUCCCGCUCCAUCACUGAUUCCCUCAUUGCCAGCCUGGCAGCAGCCGACCUGGCCUUUGUUCUGACUCUUCCACUCUGGGCUGCGUACACAGCCCUGGGCUACCACUGGCCAUUUGGCCGGCCCCUGUGCCAGCUCACCAGCUACAUAGUGACACUCAACAUGUACGCCAGUGUCUUCUCCCUCACCGGCCUCAGCGUGGAGCGUUACUGGGUCAUUGCAUGGCGACGCACGACAGUAUCAAUGCGGGGCACGGGGCUGUGCCGGGCACCGAUUGUGGUGGGUGUGGUGUGGGUGGCGGCUGGUGUGCUGGCCCUGCCUGCUCUCUUGCUGAGGACAGUCAAGCAGGUGGGCCUGGGGACAGAGUCUGAUGAUGGGUGGCCUGAGGAGGGGGACUCCUCUCUGGCGUUUAUCUCCUCCUGUGAGAUGGACUACUCCAGCCUGAUCCCCGCUGAGCUGGGGCCGGAGGAGCGCGAGCGUCUGGAGCUGCUGUGGGCAGCGGCUCUGGGACUGAAGGCCACGCUGCUGGGCUUCCUGUUGCCACUGGCCGUGCUGCUGUUGUGCUACUGCUCGCUGGGUCGCCUCCUGACCCAGCACUUCCGCGAGGGCCCGCGCCCCGACCGCAAACGCCAGCGCCGGCUACUGCAUGUCAUAGUCUCACUGCUGCUGGCCUUCUUCCUGUGCUGGCUGCCCUACCACACCAACAAGAGCUUAUCAGUGCUGAUGGAGCUGGAGAUCCUGCCCUACUCCUGCCCCUUUGACCAACUGCUGGUUGUUGCUCACCCCUACACCAUCUGUUUGGGCUACGUGAAUAGCUGCCUGAACCCACUGCUGUAUGCCUGCUGUGACACGGCUUUCCGUAGACGGUGCCGGGCCCUCCUGAAGAACCUCUGGUGCCAAGGGAGGUGCAGUAGAGUGACUGAGGCAAAGGAGGAAGAGGAGGAGGAGGAGGAAGGGGAUGAGGGCAGCCGAAGCUCAGCCAUCCCCGCUGGGCUACAUGCAGAGGAAGGAGACAGCCAGAGGGAAGGCACUGAGAAAGAAUGGAAUGGACAGCCCUGGGGGGUGGCAGAUGGAGAAACAGAACCUUGUGUGAUGGCAAAGUUAUAGUUUUAGAUGGAGUCUAUUUAGUACAUGGACACAUUCACAUUGUCCAUGAACAUUGAGGAACUGACUGAGGAAAUGACUGUUAGCAAUUGCUGCCUUAUUUUGUUUGUUUGUUUGUUGUUUGUUUGUGUGAUUGUUGUUUAUUUGGAAAAACUCUCAUUUGAAGUAGCCAAGAAUUUUCAAUUCCCUGUUGAUGAACAAAAAUGACUUUUCACAAUGAAUAAAAACAGUGGUUUUCUCCAUG